AUGAAUAAAUAUUUUAAUUUUCUUUUAAGAGUUAAAGGAAGUCAUAAUGAUAUAAGAUCCUUAUUUAAAAAUUAUUUUUUUUUUUCUACUGAUAGAAAUAUUAACCAAAUAAUAAUAGAAAAUAAUUACAGUAAUAUAAAAAAUUUAAAAACACAAGAACUUCGUUUACUAUCAGAAAAUUGUUGUGUUAAAAAAAUUAAUAAUGUUAUUAUAUGGAGUGAAAUAUCAAGAAACGCAAUUGAAAAAUGUAAUAAUUUUAAGUACUUUGAUGCCUUAUUAUUGUUGUCCUCUUUUGAUAAAAUGAAUAUAUUAGAUAAAAAUUUAUAUAAAAGUUUUUCAGAUGUGUUUAUAAAGCAAAUAAAUUAUUUAGAACCAAGACAUUUCAUAUUAUUAAUAAAUUUAUAUUGUAAAGCAGAUAUAUUUCCUCGUGUUUUAUUUAUACAGGUGUUUCAUUCUAUCAUAAAAUAUUCCAGUAAAUUAUAUCCUGAUGAGUAUGUUGAUUUAUUGAUAUGUUUUGCAAAUUUAAAAAUUGUAAAUAAGGAUUUAAUAAAAACACUAUGUAAAUCAAUAAUUAAAAAUAUUAAUCUUUUUGAUUACCUUCAUUUAUGUUCUAUUGUUGGAUGUUUAAGAUCCCUAGAUAUUUCUGAUGACGUAUUUUAUUAUGUCUUAGAUGAAAAACAAUUAAAGGAAUUAAAAUUUUUAACCGUUCAAGAAUUAUAUGAUAACCUAAAAAAGAUUAAAUUAUUAACGUAUAGUUGGGAAAUAUAUGAAAAAGAUUUAAUUAAAGAAUUUUUAUUAAGAAUAAAUGAAUUUAAAAAUGAAAAAGAUGUUAACCAAUUGGACGAUCCUUUUACUUGCUUAAAUUAUUUAAUUUCUAAAAAUUGUGUUAGUAAUAAUUUCUUAAUAGCAUUAAGCAAAUGGUGCGCUAAUCAAGUUUAUGAAUACCCAUCAAGAUCAGCGAAAAGACCAUUGUCAUUUCAACUAAUCAAACUAUAUGAGUUAAUGAAAGAAAAAAAAGUAGAAAAUUAUGACUUUAUUGAAAAAGCUAUUUAUAGAUUUGUAAUUAGUAGAGGAGGGUUAGAAAAUAAUAGAGACAAAAUGGUUAAACCUGUAUCAUAUCAGAAAGGUAGAAAGUACAUAUUUACUAAAGAUCCUUUACUAAAUCAUAAUAAUAGUGUUGAUAUUAGCAAGACCAGAAAUAAUGAUAUUAAUAUAAAUAAUAAUACUAAUUCUAAUAAAAAUGAUAUGAAUGAAAAUGAAAGCUUUGAUGACAAUAUCAACUCUUUUAAUAAAUAUAUUGAUAAUGAAAAUUAUAAAGGUGUUAAUAAGAAUGACAGUACAUAUGAUAACAUAAAUAAUAUCAAAAUGACGGAAAAACAAAAAAUGAUAAAUUUAAGUUUUGAAAAAAAAACAGAAAAAAAAAAAAAUACUUACUCCUAUUCUAGAUAUUGUAAUUUUAAAUUACGCCAAAGACCCAAAAGAAUAAAAAAUAAGCCAGUUCCAGCUGAAAUAUGA